AGCCUCAGCUUGCUGCUGUUAGCACAGAGUGAAAUACUGACAAUGAAGACUUGCAAGUACAUUCUCCUUUCUGCCCUCUGGCUUAUAAAUGUCUCUUCAAAAGGGAGAGAGCUGUGUAACAGAACUGAGAUCAAGGCUCCACUUGGCUCUUCUGUGUCCCUGCCAUGCACCAUUUCAUCAAAUGUCUCUGACUGGGUCAAAUGGAGUCACAAGUAUGAGAAAGAUGAAGCAGGUGUGGGGCUGGUUGACCUCUCAUCUGAAGGCCACAUCAAUUUCCUGGACCCCAGAUCUGGCAGAGUGAAAAUCUUUCCCAACCAGUUUUCAGAGAUGAACUAUGGCAUUAUCAUUGAUGAGCUCAAAGAUUCUGACAUGGGAUCUUACUACUGCAAGCAGAGCAAUGAAUGUUUUGAGGUGAAGUUGUUCGAAGAUGAAGGUGAGCAGUUUUCUGAGGAAACUUGUGGUAAAGAUUUUUGUGAAACAUACCAAAUCCCAGCAUCACUCGGUUCUUCGGUGCUCCUGCCAUGCAACUUUGACACCGGUGCCUUUAAAUGGGUCACCUGGGUUCACUUAGAGAAGGGAGACAUGGUUCGUCUUUCUUCUGAAGGACAUGUUGGCCGAGUUAAAGCGUUUCCAAACCAAGCCUUAGAUGGGAACUACUCUACUGUCAUCGAUGAGCUUAAAAGCUCCGAUCUGGGGUCUUACUGCUGCAAGCAGAGGAGUAACUGUUUGCGAGUGGAGUUGCUUGGAGGCAAAAGUAUGUAA